UAUGUGGGGAAUCUGUCCCGGGACGUGACAGAGGCCCUCAUCUUGGAAUUGUUCGGCCAAAUUGGCCCCUGCAAAAGCUGUAAAAUGAUAGUAGAUACAGCAGGUCAUGAUCCAUACUGCUUUGUGGAGUUCUAUGAGCAUAGACAUGCCACUGCCACAAUUGCAGCCAUGAAUGGUCGGAAAAUACUGGGUAAGGAGGUGAAGGUCAACUGGGCCACGACGCCAACGAGCCAGAAGAAAGACACGAGCAGUCACUUCCAUGUUUUUGUUGGAGAUCUAAGUCCUGAAAUCACCACAGAUGACAUAAAAGCAGCAUUUGCUCCAUUUGGGAAGAUUUCGGACUGUCGAGUGGUAAAAGACAUGGCCACGGGUAAAUCUAAAGGCUAUGGUUUUGUCUCCUUCUUCAAUAAAUGGGAUGCAGAAAACGCCAUACAGCAGAUGGGAGGACAGUGGUUGGGAGGAAGGCAGAUCAGAACCAACUGGGCCACCCGGAAGCCUGCUCCCAAAACCACAAAUGAAACGACCAGUUCCAAGCAGCUGUCCUUCGAUGAGGUGCUGAACCAGUCCAGCCCCAGCAACUGCACCGUGUACUGCGGUGGAGUCACAACAGGCCUCACAGAGCAAACGAUGAGACAGACCUUCUCGCCUUUUGGCCAGAUCAUGGAAAUCCGUGUUUUCCCAGAGAAGGGCUACUCAUUCGUGAGAUUUAACUCCCACGAGGCAGCCGCUCACGCCAUCGUCUCGGUUAACGGCACCUCCAUAGAGGGCUACGUGGUCAAGUGCUACUGGGGCAAAGAGACGACGGACAUGGUCCAGGGCCCCAUUCAGCAGGUGCAGAUGGCUCAGGUAAGGGGCCCUCCGUCGCCCCGAUGGCUCCGGGCUCAGCCGCUGCCCCGGGCUUUAACCACUGCGGCUUGUCACCCUCCACGCCAGCAGAACACGCUGAGCUUCGCGGCGCAGCCCUACAGCCAGUGGGGUCAGUGGUACGGCAACACGCAGCAGAUCGGCCAGUAUGUGCCCAACGGCUGGCAGGUGCCCAGCUACGGAGUCUAUGGACAGACCUGGGAUCAGCAGGGCUACAAUCACUUACACGCUGGAGCGGGAUGGACGGGCGUGGGCGCCAUCAGCAACGGCGGCAUGGUGGAGCCCGGGCAGGGGGUCAACGGGACGGUGCUAACCAACCAGGCCGGCAUGAGCACCGCCGGCUACCACACCCACUGA